AUGGUUUCCGUGCAAACAAUUGCCACUAUCGUGGUUAAAGUUUUCAAAAUUGUUUUAAACAUCAUAAUUCUAGUUCUCUACCGUACCGGGUACAAUGGAGAGUUCUUGGGAGUGGGAGGUACGUGGAACCUCAACGAGGAGAAAAAUCCAGACACUGAGAUAGUGGCAUCAGGUGUCAUUGUAGGUUACCUAAUCUACACACUUGUGCAAGUUGUCACAUUUCUGUUUGGCACCACUGAGCAUAAGAGAGCAAUGUCAGAGAUCGUGAUGAAUUUCAUUGGAAUAUUCCUGUGGAUCGCGGUAGGCGCUGUAGCGUUGCACUACUGGGGUGGAUACCAGGGAGAGCAUCAGUUCCAAUUCGUCUUUGCUGAGAAACAGGUUGGUUUGGCAGUCGGUGCGUUAUGUGUCAUCCAGGGCGCGGUAUAUUUGCUUGACACUGCACUUUCCGUCAUACAUUUUACUAAAGAAAUG